CCUCCUCAGUCCUCAGUAACCGAUUAGGAGAGGUGUUAGGAACAGAACAAGGACGAAAGGAAAGGAUAACUACAUAGGAGUAAUGCAUUUUCACUUCCUACAACUCACUGCACUUAUACUGCUGCUAACAGCGACGACACUUUACACGCAGUACACGCACUGCUCUCUCACCACCCUUUUCUCAUCUCAUCUGCUGAACUGAAACAGCUCUAUCUCCCUCUCUGCAAAAUGCAUCCUUAUUAACGUAUUCAAAGCAUCCACUUGGUUGCCCCUCAUAUUCACAAUAAUGCCACCCUUAGAGCCACCCGAGGCACCAUUCCCGGACUUCCCAGUCUCCAUCACGCCACCGCCACCGUUAACCCACCGCCAUUUUCACCUCGGCCACCCGUCCCCCCUUCUCCCUCCCAUCCUGGCAGCUGCAAUAGCUCUAGUGUUCCUUCUUCUUUUCGCCAUUAUUUACAGAAAGCUCUCAAAUCAACGUACUGCACCUGUGGAUCUGAAGCCGCUGCAGCCUCACCGCUUCUCUUAUUCCGUCCUUCGCCGCGCUACUGCCUCUUUCUCGGCCCACAACCGCCUAGGACAAGGUGGGUUUGGGUCUGUUUACAAGGGAAUCUUGCCCUCCGGCCAGGAGGUAGCCGUGAAGCUAAUGGAUGCUUCAGGCUCCCUCCAGGGCGAGCGAGAGUUCCAUAAUGAACUCUCCCUCGCCUCGAAGAUAGACACCACGUGCUGCUCUCAUUUGGUGUCCAUCCUCGGCUUCUCAUCCGAUGACCAUCACAGCAGACACCAUUGCUCCGUUCGUCAUCAGAGGAGGAGACGAUUAGUACUAGUUUAUGAGUACAUGCAAAAUGGAAACUUACAGGAUGCCUUGUUAGAUCGUAAAUGUCCCGAAUUGAUGCUGUGGAGGAAGAGGUUUAGUGUUAUAUUAGCCGUAGCGAAGGGCAUUGAGUAUCUCCAUAGUUCAUGUGAUCCGCCAAUCGUUCAUGGAGAUAUUAAGCCUUCGAAUAUUUUGUUGGAUUCCAACUUUGACGCGAAGAUAGCUGAUUUUGGAUUAGCACAGGUUUUAAGUAAGGAUGAGAAUGGAGCUGUGGAGACCUUCAUCGAAGACGACGAAAAAACUGAGAAGGGGCAAGGAGGAGGAGGAGGAGGAAUUGAGAAUGGAGAGGAUCAUGGGUCCAUAAUAGAAGAAAAUGAGAGUGUGAUGACAGAGGAGGUGGCAAUAAAUGUGGAUCAGUCUCCAGAGAGUCGUUGUGUUAGGAUUUUGGAUGGUGAAAUGGGGCCAGUGUCGCCGGAAGCUGGGACAGUGGAGGCUUCACCUUCUGAGGGCCUCGAUAAAAAGACUAGCAUAUCCGAGGGAUUUUUCGACAGUGUUAGUGUUGAUAGUGGCAGUAGAAGAGCGAUCGGAAGGAGGAAGAGCGAGUCAGGGAGGGAUUGGUGGUGGAAACAGGACAAUGUGAAUGGGGGGUCGGAGUCCGGUAGGAUUAAAGACUAUGUCAUGGAGUGGCUUGGGAGCGAGAUCAAGAAAGAGAGACCUAAGAAGGACUGGACUGCAACUCCAAGCACGGCGCAGGAGGGCUGCCCUAAAGUGGAGCAAAAGAAGCAAACAAAGAAAUUGGAGUGGUGGGCAUCUCUAGACGAGGAGAAAAUGAGGAAGGAGAGGAAGAAUAGGAAACCGAGGGAAUGGUGGAAGGAGGAGUUUUGCGAAGAAUUGACUAAAAAGAAGAAGAACAGGGACACUAAAUCAGAUAAUGGGGGAGAAAUGUGGUGGGAGAGGAAUGAGGCUGUGGUGCCUGAAAGGAAGAAGAGGAAGAGCAGGGGUAGUAGAACCAGUAUUGACUGGUGGCUUGAUGGGUUCAGCGGCGAGUUUCGAAUAGGUAGAAGAAAUAGUCAAGAUUGGGCUAGCGGAGAUAUCCCCAAGAGCGGAGGUAUCAGCAGUACUCCAAGUAUGAGAGGAACUGUUUGUUACAUUGCCCCUGAAUAUGGUGGUGGAGGGCAGCUUUCUGAGAAAUGUGACAUCUACAGCUUCGGUGUUCUGAUUUUGGUUCUAGUCUCUGGCCGGAGGCCUCUCCAAGUCACGGCCUCGCCAAUGUCAGAAUUUGAGAGGGCUAAUCUGAUUUCAUGGGCGCGGCAGCUUGCCCACAAUGGGAGGCUCCUGGAUCUUCUUGAUACCAAUAUUCAGUCACUAGACAGGGAACAGGCUUUACUCUGCAUCACUGUUGCACUGCUUUGUCUGCAACGAACGCCUAAUAAGCGCCCUACCAUGAAAGAGAUUGUGGGGAUGCUUUCAGGUGAAUCCGAACCUCCCCAUUUGCCGUUUGAAUUUUCUCCCUCACCGCCAUCCAAUUUCCCAUUUAAGUCCAGGAAAAAGGCCCGGUAACCGGGAGUUUCAUCGUCAUGGAGUGCUCUGCUCUUUAUUAAUUUCACUGACAGUAAGAUGUACUAUAGGCCAUUUUUAUGUCCCAAUUAUUUUUUUGGCAGAAAUUCUGGUGAAAAAGCAAAAAGUAGAGUUACAUGUUUCGUGAUCCGCUUUCUCUUUACUUCAUUAUUUUCAGUAUACUUAGAUUGGUUUCCAACCUUACUUUUGACUUGUCCUUUUAGAAGUGAUGAUAAGACUCACAAAAUGCCAUUCUAAUUUGGCUCCCACAAGUUGCUGGUGCCUGGUGGCUGGUGGUGUUGUUGAGGAAUCCCAAGCAUAAAGGAUUUGCUCUAUCGGGUCCCAGGAAAUAUUUUACCUUUUGGUUGUCUGCUUCCUAGCCACAGCAAGUAAGGUGAGCCUUUUCUAAAGUUGGCAUUGAUUUCAGGAGUGAGAUUUUAUUCUUGGUCCCAGUUCUUGAAGUGCAUUAUACAGUAGUACAUCACUGGAUAUUAUAAAGCAUUCCUGCCUCCAGAGUCAGUAUUGCAUCUAUGCAGUGUAUGCAAUUGUCAACAUCUUUAAUGGUGCAGAUUUGCUAGCUGUAAUCAUACUCUUUCGUAACAGAGGUUCCAUUUACAUUUGGUGUC